AUGUCCAAAAAACGAGGCUUAAGUGCUGAUGAAAAGAAAACUAGAAUGUUGGAAAUAUUUCAUCAAAGUAAAGAUUUCUUUCAGUUAAAGGAGCUGGAAAAAAUUGCUCCGAAAGAAAAAGGAAUUACAAUGCAAUCAGUGAAGGAGGUUAUUCAAGGACUAGUUGAUGAUCACUUAGUGGAUUCAGAAAAAAUAGGAACUUCCAUAUAUUUCUGGUCUUUUCCAAGCAAAACAAAAAAUAUAAAGAAAAGGAAAUUACAUGAUACACAAAAUGAGUUUGAAGAUGUAACAAAAAGGUUAAAAAAGGUUGAAGAAGCGAUUACAAUCGAAUCUGUUGGUCGGGAACCAAGUGAGGAGAGGAAUCAACUUUUAAAACUGUUAAGUGAAGUCACAAAACAAGAAAAUGAACUCAAGAUGGAAUUGCAAAAAUAUAGAGAUUCAGAUCCCGAAUAUAUUGCUCAAUUAAAAAAUGAAAUUGAAGACUUGAAAACAGCUGCAAACAGAUGGACUGAGAACAUAUAUAUAUUAAAAUCAUAUAUAAAAAAUACUUUUCAAAAGGAUAAUGAAACAAUCAAUCAAACAUUUAACAUACCUCCUGAUAUGGACUAUAUUGAAAACUAA